AUGGAACACAUCUUCGCCCGCUUUCGCAGAGGGAGAGCCAAGAGUGAUUCGGCCGCAGUGCAGUCGGGCUUGCCCCUCAACAAUCUCGCAAGCACCGUGUCGUCGCACUGCCAGCAGAGGGCCGAGCCAUUGUUGGAACGAAGGAUUCAUCCGGAUUUAGAUGCGCUCGUGGCAAGCUGGACACAGUGCGCUGAUGCAGAGGGUGUCCACGAGUCUGGAACUGGUCCGACAGAAGCAACCAGUGCGACAGAGAUAACGACGGCGCUGAGACCGAGUGCGAGACGGCAUUCCAUCAGUGGAACAACUCCUGUGAUACGACGGCCGGAUGCAGACGACGAGCCUGCUGGUCCAUCCAUUAUACCCGUUUCGUUCGCAGGGCGAACCCAGUCCCGCUUGUCGCGCAUUACCAGCCGCACCAGCACAACUACAGAUGACGCACGGUCUCCUUCAGCUGCAGAUUGGUCAACAUUCGGUCGCGACGGGGGGAGGAGGGUGCUGCGCGUACCAAUGGAGGAGUUCGGGGUGGGGCGUGCGUCUCUUAGUCUUAGCCAGAGCGAAACAUCCAACUCUCAAUGGUUCUCCCAUUCUCGGCCGCAAACACCGGCGACACCUUCGACCGCGUCACAUCAAAGGACAGAAUCGGUGCCGGAGUCCCCACAAUAUCCCUCGUUCCGCUUCACCUUCGGCUCAGAUGAGGAGUCGAAGAGCGCACGGAGCGCAUCCCCGGCGUCGAAUUCACCAAGGGCAACGAGUGGCUUGGCUUCGCCUGAGCAACCGGGAAGAAUCGAAAGCCGCCCGAGUUCUCCUAGCUCACAGGCCGUUCUUGACAAGAGUGUCUGGCUCCAACGGCGCGUCCAGAGAAGGAACAGCAAGGAUCGAGCAAGUGUGCAAGAUAUAUUUGAUUUUCCCGCCUCGUCGCGGAGGCCAGGGCAAUUCAGAAGACACAGCCAUGAUUCGCAUCCCAGCCCAUUGCGCGCCGCGUUGAAGAGAACAGAGGAGCUGUAUCCGGGGUUGGAGAAUCUUGCUGAUGACAGUGUUUCGGAAGGCGGUAAUAAACGUGACAGUGAAGCAGUCACUAAUCUUGAUGAUGAUUUUGAUGCACGCGAUAACCUCGUGGACCCUUCUUCCUCCCUCUCGCCGCGCAUUUUCACUGAGUCUUCCCACUCAUCCUUACCUACCCCACACUCCCUUGAACCCUCGACAUCGGCCAUGGACCCGACUAAAGUCUAUCAUGCUCCCCGCUUUGCUCAGCCGCACAAACACGCCUUGAAGUCCGCCCGAUCCCGCGCAGCAAGCGAGGGAUCGGGAAUCGUUCUCCGGCCUCGCCCUCCUACUCGAUCAAUCUCCGAAGUGGCAGCGACUACCAAGGACAAGCGGAAAGCUCGUAUCUCUGACAGCGAAAACACCCCUCCUUUAUCUAUCGUUGCGACGAACCGCCGGACCCGCGUCACCCCCACUCUCUCACACUCACGCUCCGCAUCAUCAUCCCAAGCUCCUUCAUCCUACACCCCCCAGCAGCAGCGCACCACUAGACUCCGCCCUGCCUCCGACACCCCGCCCUCUCCCCUGUCCACCACAAGCGAUUCCGCCACGCCAGAAUCCACCCCGCCCCACAGGUCCAAGUCCACCCGCAGCUCGCCCGCAUCCGUCAGGCAAACGUCCCACGCCACAUCCCAUAUGUCGCAGACGUCCCUGCCCAUCUCCGCGCUCGUCUCCCCGCACGCACCGUCGAUCGCACGCUCCGCCGGGACAAACUACCACAUGCGCGAUCCGCGCAAAGCGCCCCGGGUGCAGCCGACAGGCUGGGCGCCUGAUUGGGGAACGAGCCCCGCGCACGCGUGGCUGUUCUUUCUCGGGUUUGUCGUGUUCCCGCUGUGGUGGAUUGCGGGGCUCCUCGUUCCCGUGCCGAGGACACGCAAGCUGGAUGUCGAGGAGAAGGCCGAGCGUGCUGUCGUCCUGGACGAUCCCCAGAUAGAAUUCGAUGCCCUUUCGUGGCGGAAGCGGUGUCGGAUCAUGGCAGGAGUAUCCUUGGUCACUUACAUCCCGUUCAUCGUUCUCCUCGCCAUCUUCGUGUCCCGGUCUCGGUCGUAGGACCGCCAUCCCUGUCCUUUCUUGAUAUCCACAGCCCCGACUCUACGAGCGAGGCGAAUUGUUGUUGUACUUGGCUGUAAACGUCCCCGCCGUCCUCUCCGUCGAUGGGAUCUGUACUAUCUGAUUCCACGGCACUGGUGCACGCAUUCGUGGUCGUCUGACGCAUACUUCACAUUGUACCAUUAGUAACUAGUCAGAAAUAUGUAUAAAUUAAAUGGAAGAUCUCCGGUGAACGCAUCA